AUGUUUGUCGUGGUUCCCAUCAACCCUGUCGGUGCUAUCGGUGUCGCGCCUCUCAACGAGAGAGCAGUGGAACAGGCGUUGUUUCAUCUCAUCUUCGGCUCCGCCAUGCUCGUCUUGGGGACGAUGGUGCUGUUCAAAAUGUUUCAGUAUCGCAACGUGCUGGAGAUCCGCGCCAGGUCGGCCUACCUGGUGAUGACCUUAGGGUUGUGCCUACUGGCCGCUUUGACCCUAGACGUGCACGUGAUGUGCAGGACUCUGUUGGGCUGGCCUUCGAACGUGUUCCUUGUUCAUUCGGGCUACUUCUUCAUUAUUUUUUCGAUAGAGAGCUGCUACAUCUGGCGCGUUAUUCGCCUUGGCGUGUCCUUCAGCCCCCGGGUGAAGAGGUUCAUACCAUGGGUAAUGUGGGAGAAACUUGCCGUGGUUUCGAGCCUCAGUAUCGGCGCAGUAUCGACUGCCAUCCCAACUUACUACUACAUCGAAUACGGGGGAGGCGACGACCAUGACCGCUUCCUCGCGGCGGAGCUGGAUGCCAUGUGGGUGUGCCAUGUCGCCCUCAUCAGCAUACAGCUGUGUUUGCUUCCAGUGGUGUGGUGA